AUGAACGCCACCGAUCCAAGCUUGCACAUUGAAGAUUCACUUACGGCGAAGCUCCUCACGAAGGGAAAGGACAUCAUGGAUAUGGUCUACAAAUACCGCGACUUGCUGUGCGGGAGCACCCUGGAUGACUUCCCUGCUCUUUCCAACGACUACAUCAACACGACAUUGCAGCGGAACAACCAGGUCAUGCACUACAACGCCCUGACCACCCUCAUUCUGGAGGCACGCAUCAAGCGCGACGCAAGCCAGCAUACCCAGGUGACGCUUGGGUCUGAAGAAGCCAUGCCAAUCAAUACGGAGAUACCUGCACUAGCUGUUUCAAUCAAGAGCAAUUACCUCAGUCACACUCCGCAAAUGCUAGAGAGGAGGCUCACGCACAGCCCGGCCCACCUCAGUAAGGUGGCUAAGGCAUGGUUGAAGCUUCCCGGAUUGAGUAAGAGCUUCAAGGGAGGUUGA